AUGGCCCGCUUGUCGCAGUUCGAAAUCAUCAAGAAGAUCGGCCAGGGUACAUUUGGUGUGGUGCAGAAGGCACGUGAUAGAAAACUGGGCAAGCUAGUGGCGUUGAAGCAGCUUAUCAACCACUCGGCAAAAGAGGGCUUUCCCAUCACGGCCAUGCGGGAAAUCACGAUUUUGAAGCGGCUCAGCCACAAAAACGUGUUGAAGAUUGAGGGCAUGAUUCACGAGGAGCCGAAAACGGCGUCUCCGCAGGACAUCAUUUCACAGAGGGGCGUGUUCUACACGGUGUCGCCUUACAUGAGCUCUGACUUGGUGGGCUUGCUAGAAAACCCGGCGAUAGACCUCGACUUGCCGACCAAAAAGUGCAUUCUACAACAGCUUCUACAAGGCAUAGAUUAUGUGCACCAGCAGCGGUAUUUGCACCGUGACAUCAAGGCGGCCAACAUUCUCAUGGACCCGACGGGCGUGGUGAAAAUCGCGGAUUUCGGCUUGGCCCGCGUGUACCAUGGCCCCAUUCCGUUGAAAGGCAAAGGUCCCGGUGGAGGCGAGCGGAAUUACACGGCACUUGUUGUCACUAGAUGGUACCGGCCCCCCGAGUUGCUUUUAGGGGAGCGCAAGUAUACGACGGCGGUCGACAUGUGGGGUGUGGGGUGUGUAUUUGCGGAGCUCUUCACAAAGAAACCGAUUUUGGUGGGCUCCUCGGACCUGAACCAGUCACAGAUCAUCUUUGACUUGGUGGGCCCACCGAACCGCGAUAACUGGCCCGAUGCCUCCCUUCUUCCGAAUAAGCCCGACUUAAACAUUGGUCUCACCUGUCGACGCACAUUGGAGACGCGGUUCGAGCCACUCUUGGGGAAUGUGGGCACAGGUUUGUUGGGCAAGUUGCUUGCGCUAGACCCGAAAAAAAGGUACAAUGCGCUCGACGCAUUGGAUCAUGAGUACUUUGCCACGGAUCCUAAGCCAAUUCUCCCGGAGCAGAUCCGCAAAUUUGAGGAGAGCCACGAGAUAGAUCGGGAGAGAUUCAAAAGACUCCGAUCCCUGGCUGAGCCUCGCUUGAUUCAAUUCGCCGAUAAACGGCGGCUCAGGCAAAAUUACUCAACAUGGACACUGGCUACUGCUGGGCGCAAGAAAAAUUGA